UCAGACUCUGGGGCUUUUGCUGGCCAGUCAGUCGGUUAGUUAGCCACCGUUCGCCGUUCAGUUCACACGUCGCGCCAAGAAACGAUCCCACUUUUAAGUACCCCAACCCAAGUGCCUGGCUCAUCCCGAGUUUUAUCGGGAUCCCAUUGAUCCAUUGUUCUGGAACUACUGCAGUCCAGUAGUAAUGCCAGCGAAUGCCAACACGUCUGGCCAGUUUCGGUUAAUUGGAACGUGAUUUAUGUGGGCCAACGGAGUGAAUAGUUCCUACAUCCGAGUGCCCUAUAGCUGGUCAGUACCCAGCGGAACUCAGCCAAUGCCGGGUUGAUAAGCGCCGCGAGUGUGAUAAGAGCGGAAUAAAAAGGCGCCAAGUCGUAAAUCGCAGAAAUUAAAAUAGAAAUAGCAAAACGAAAUCGAAACGGCACCGGAAUUGCCAGUAUUCGCAUAUCACUUUAAUUAGUAUAUGAUCAUUAAUCAAAGGCAUUAUUAAAAGUAUAAACAAAUCGAAAACGCCAAAGAAAUACGAUGGCCAAGCGCGCGAGCUUAACACACGACAGCAAGUCGAUGGAACUGGAGCUGCCGCUUUUGGCGCCCCAGGAGCGGAGUCAGAGGAGCAGGAGCGGGACCAUUCCUUUGUGCAUCAUGCACGACUCCGGCAAACCGUCCCCCGCCACCAGCCCCACCAUCCCGCCCAAACAGCAGGCAGCGACGCUCCAGUCGCCGACAGCGGCGGCGGCGGUCAGCGGACUGGAUCCGGCGGACGACGAGGAUGAGACCGAUGUGAUAGGCGACCUAAUGGGUCACUACGGCAAGUGGCAGCUGCUGAUGACGGUGCUGCUGUCGCUCUUCCAGGUGCCCAAUACCUUCCACAUAUCCUCGUCCAUCUACCAGGCAGCCAACAAGGAUUUUUGGUGCCAGCGCCCAGCGCAAUUUCAGCACAUGCCAGUGGAUGUCUGGCGGAAUAUUAGUGGUUCCGUGGACAACUGCCAAAGAUGGGAGGGCAUAGAUUGGAGUCAAGUAUCCAAUGAUACCACUCAGCCAUCAGAGUGGACGCAACCUCUGGAGGUGGAAAGGAAAAUGGUGGCCUGCGAGAAAUGGGAGUACGAGACCAACGACAACGUGGGCAACACCUGGACAUCCCAAUGGGAUCUGGUGUGCGAGAAGGAGCACCUGAAGAACGUGGCCGAGAUGUUCUUUCUGCUCGGAGUGGCAACAGGUGGCAUUAUCUCCGGCUAUUUAUCGGACAAGUUCGGCCGCAAGACAAUGCUCUUCAUAUCGGCCGUGCUGCAGACCAUAUUCGGUCUUUGGCUAUAUAUCUGCAGCUCCUUUGAGCUAUAUCUCACACUUCGCGCUCUGCUCGGCUUGGUAUCGGUGUCGGUGACCUACUCCGGCCUGAUCCUGGCCAUCGAGUAUGUGGAUGGCAAGUGGAGGACCAUCGCCGGGAUGUACAACCUGUUUCCACUGCCAAUCUCCUACAUGAUCAUAUCGGGCCUGGCCUAUUUGACCCAGGACUAUCAACGCCUGCAGCUCUGCAUUGGAAUUCCGGGGAUUUUUCUGUGCUUCCUCUGGUUUGUGGUGCCGGAAUCGCCGCGCUGGCUGCUGGUCAAGGGUCGCAUCGAUGAGGUGCGUCGGAUUAUAGAGGCGGCGGCCAAGUUCAAUGGUCGCCAGCUGCCCGCCGAUUAUCAACUCACUCCUCCGACGCAGGAGAGCAGUUCGCAGGAUGUGACCUACCUGUUCCGAUCCAGCUACCUGCGACGCAUCUCCAUCUGCUUCUUCUGCAUCUGGUUCACCAUGAAUCUGGUCUACUACGGGAUUAUUCUCAACAUGAGCUCCUUCGGCGGCAAUGUCUACUUGAAUUCGGCGCUAGCUGGCCUAGUCGAAAUACCCGCCAUCGCCGUGGCCAUGUACAUCAUCACCAAGGUGGGCAAGAAGUGGCUCUUCUGCGCCACUUUGAUCUGUGCCGGCGUCGCCUGCUGCUGUGCGGCGAUCACCGAGGGGCAAGCGGACCUGCUCUGGCUGAAGAUCACAUUCCUGAUGAUGGGCAAGUUCACCAUAAGUGCGGGCAAUACCAUAAUGCCGGUAUAUACGGCGGAACUUUAUCCCACGCCCAUUCGCAACGUGGGUGUUGGUGCCUGCAAUGUGGCCGCCGGUGUGGCCCUGAUCCUCACUCCCUACCUUUCGCUCCUGAACAAGAUCGAGGGUCACCUGCUGAUGACCCUGCUGACCGCCUGGAGCAUCUUUGGUGGCUUUGUGGUGCUCUUCCUGCCCGAGACCGCCGUGCGUUCAAAAGCAGAAAACCAGGGUGGCUCCAAUGCCAAUGCCAAUAAUGCCAAUGCCAAUACCAGUGCCGCCAAGCAGGUGUAAUGACCGCUAUUGCCAAUCCCCACGUGCUCAGCCCCCGAGGAACAAAGUAUUUUGGCUGGUCCAAAGUAUGCCGAUUAGAAGUCAGAAGUCUCUCUCUGCCCCCACUUAACCACGCCCCCUCUAACCUGCCACGCCUCCCGACAUAUCCACCGCCUGAAGCCACCUACAAUUUAUGGUAAAAGAUUCGAUGAUUGUCCAAGAGUAAUGCCAAUUCGCUAGAGAAUGUCACAUGUCAGGCAGGACCUUGUUUGCGUAGCAUGUAGUGAGUAUGUAUCUUAACAAUUAACUAACAACAAUGGCUUGUAGCUUAUGUCAUAGUCUAAGUACUGAAAACACACACACACAACACCCAGAAUGUCAUUAAAAAAAAACUCUAAGUAGAUUAAGUUCUUCGGUUCCCAUCGAAGGUAAUAAACUUGGCCAAAUCUUAGGGAGGGUUUGCAAAGGGAGUUUACUAAAAACUGUUUAGUUAUUUUGAUUUUUAUCCAUGUACCCAAUAGCACACAUUUUAUUUGACCCUGUUUCACAAUUAUUAAUUUUAUAAUGAGAUAAAUUUUAUGGCAGUACUCCAUCAAUAAUUGCACCUCCCUAAGAAAAGUUUAUGAAAUGGAAAUUUUUGCAAUACCCAGUUAAUUACCCUGAAUACAGAGCGUUACAAUAACAGUAUGCUAAUUUAAUUAAAAUCGAAUCAAAGUUCACACAAACAAAAAUUAAGAAAAACAAAACUAUAAUGUUGUCAAUAUGUCUUGUCAAUAUCUCAACGUAUUCAUAAUCUCGUCGUCGUCGUCUUCUUGUUGUCUAUUAAUAAAUGUUUUCCAAAUACGAGAUCAAUAAGCAAAGUAUCUAAAUCUUCCAGGGAAAUGAGAAUGGCAGAUUCAAGCGACAAAUUGUAA